GCUAGGACAGCUCGCAAAAGCACAUUGUAUGGAACUUCGAUCACAACUCGUGUCGUUCGGGGUAAAAGUGAGACUUCGACUCAAACUCAGGGUGCCACUUUGUCGCAAUCAUGUUUUACGAUCUGAAUGUGCCCUAUAGCCCGGGUGAUCCCGAAAUUGUUCAUACUCUGAACUUCCUUGCAGAACUCGGCUACACCACGGUUGCACUGUCGGAAACGAUCAAUGGGAAAUUGCCUCCAAGCCUGACUGCCCCAUCUGCUCCAAAAGAUGCUCCCCGGAAUCUGGUGCUUCUUAGCCGCCUGAAUCUGACCCUCUCUGACCCUGCGCAAAACCAACGACUUGCCAGCCUGACUCAGACCUAUGAUCUUGUCGCUCUCCGCCCAACAAAUGAGAAAGCCCUACUUAACGCGUGCACCAAUCUGGAAUGUGAUAUCAUCUCCCUGGAUUUCUCCGUCCGCCUACCGUUCCAUAUCAAAUUCAAAACGGUUUCCGCGGCUAUCUCGCGUGGGAUUCGCUUCGAGAUCUGUUACGGCCCGGGUGUUACGGGUAGUGGUAUUGAAGCUCGACGUAAUCUAAUUGGCAAUGCUAUGGGUCUGAUACGAGCAACACGUGGCCGAGGUAUCAUCGUUUCAAGUGAAGCGCGGAAGGCUCUGGGCGUGCGGGCUCCUUGGGAUGUGAUCAAUCUUGCCUGCGUCUGGGGCUUGUCGCAUGAACGCGGAAAAGAGGCAGUCUGCGAAGAGGCUAGGAAAGUGACCGCCUUGGCCAAAUUGAAACGAACAAGCUGGCGUGGGAUCGUCGACAUUGUUGAUGGGGGAAGUAACUCAGCUGCCAAAGCCACAGGACCGUCAUCUAAACCGAAGGAAUCUGCGGAGGUCAGAGCCGAUGGAUUGAAAAGAAAAGCAUCGCUUGGCUCUGAGGCAGCAACCGAGGAGACUGAAAAGCCACUAUCAAAACGGGAGAUGAAGCGCAGGGCUAAGAAAGCUCGGCUAGAGGCGUUUGGCGGCGAUAGCAGUGCUAACGGUACACCGGCUACUUGAGCGGGAAAUUUUCCAAGCUUUCUCUUCUUGUUCCCAAAUGCCUGUCGCGCGGGGAUUGACAGACAUCUGUCGAGAGCCCUGCCGUGCCGGAACAUAGAGCCGAGCCGCACGGCCAUCGCUCCGGAAUAGCAGCGCGUCAUGGGUAAUACCUUGUCACAGGGAUUUUCCAAGACCAAACCGCACACUAGCCAAGUGCAGCGAUCUCCUUCGAGUCUCUAGGGACUUGUGUUGAUGGCCGCAAAACCUGCGCUGAGAUAAGCAGUGUGCGGGUGACCGAGGCCUGCCGCCUCCAUUACCCUCUGCCAAGCAUGAAUACCUUUGGUGACGGUGCAGUGAGUCGAUCCGUUCACGGGGACAGUGAUCAACUUCAUGAGACUUGACUGCAAUCAUCGACAUUUCUGUAGACAAUGAGACCAAUGAUGGCCAUUGGAUGGCAUUGUGGAC